CGCUCCAUCAAGGGGUCCCGCUCCAUCAAGGGAUCCCGCUCCAUCAAGGGAUCCCGCUCCAUCAAGGGAUCCCGCUCCACCAAGGGAUCCCGCUCCCUCGCACCAACAUCAGCGGCUCGCGUCUCGCCGCAGGCGCACGGACAUGCCGUGCUGGAGGAGACGGCCGUGCAGCAGGCUGCCUGCCUGGGCUGCCCUGGGCUACCUGGUGAUGAUGCUGAUGAUGAUGCUGCUGCUGCUGUGCCCGCACAGGGCGCAGGCCCAUGUCGACAACUGCAACUGGAAGGGCAGCGGCCUCACCGACACCCUCAUCGCUCCGGGCACGGCGAGCAUCGUGCAGCUAUCGCUGCACUGCGCGCAGGGCUCGCUCGAGUGGCUCUACCCGAGCGGUGCCCUGCGGGUGCUGCUGCACGCGCCGGCGGCGAUGGCGCGGGGCGGGCGCCUCGUCGUGUGCCUCAAGCCCCUGCCGGGCUCGCACGGCGCCAACGUGUACGUGGAGCGGCCCGGCGAGCUGCAGCUGGCGGUGGACGAGGCGUCGGGCGGCUCGGGCCGCGUGCACUGCGUGCCCGCGGGCCACGGCGAGCGCGACGACGGAGGGGCCGCCACGGCGCUCUUCAUCCAGGCGGUGCCGCAGACCGACAUCAGCCGCAAGGUGACGGCGCUGCGCUACGAGCUGCGGCCCGAGGGGGCCCAGGUGGUCGUGCCGGGCAGGGACGCGGGCGACCCCGACGAUGCCUGCAGACCCUGCAGCGAUGCGGAAAUGCUGAUGGCUGCCUGCGUCAGUGACUUUGUGGCAAAGGGUGAAAUCACGUCUGUGUCACACGACAAGGGAGAAGGCCAAUCCAUCGUCAGAGUCUCCAUCGCCAAAGUAUUCCAGCAAAAAGAGAAGAUUUUUCAGCAGCAAAGGACUGCGGGGGAUGGGGCGAGGACUCUGGAAGAGCAGCAGAGGACGCUGGGAGACGAGCCGAGGAUGCUGGGAGAGGUGCGGACGCCGCUUUGGUGCGGUGUGAAGCACGGCGAAGGCACGUUCCUGUUCACCGGAGGCCUGCACUUUGGCCAGGCGUGGCUUGGCUGCGCGCCCUGGUACGAAGGGUUCAGGAGGGCAUACGAGCAGGCACGAUCCACCGGAGACAAUCCCUGCGAGCUGCAGCUCGACUGAAGGUGGCCGUUCGGCGGAAGAGACUCUGGGUCGUUCCGGUUGGAGAAUGGAGGACUGUGACGCGCUUGCCCGCCACCACGAUGAACAGAAACGUGCUUCUCUCCGACCUGUUGUGGGGUCGUACUGGGCACGUGUUGUUUUUGUUGUUCAGCACGAUUCCUCACGUUUCACUGCACGUGCCCCGGGAGCUUCGAGAGGACUGAUGCGGGUUUUUUUCCCGGCAGGCGUGGCGUGCUCCCAGCACGUGGAGGGAAAUGCCGGACGUCGUGCCUAACAAAUGCGCCCCGCAGUGCAAACCCGAAAAUGCAUUGGGGAGGGGGGGGGGGUGGGAGAUGGUACCACACAACCGCAAAAACCUACGUAGUCGUUUUGUUCCCCGUUUCCGUUCUUCCGCUGACUUCAGACUAAUCACAGCUACCGUUUCCGCUGCCUGUUUUACUGCCAAAAGUUAUCAGCUAAGAAAACACAACUCUGCAUCGUUGGUGCGAUCAUUUACCAUGGAAAGAACUGCUGUGCAAUGACUUUGUUUUAAGUGGGAAGCUUUUUUAAAGAAUAAUUAAAGGACAAGAGAGUAUAGAUGAAUAUUUUGUGCAAGAUCUAAUUUACAAAUGUUUUAGGUCCUGUUCAUCAGCGGAAUUGUCGAGAAAUGGUACAACCGUAGCUUUUGCCUGCAACACUUAAAUUAUUUCUUAACAAAUGAGGAUAGGUGAGAAGCUGAGUCAUUCAUUGCUUCAGGAAGUUUAAGAUCUAAUGAGGUCCUGUGCUCUUGAAUCAUUUUAAUUGCACAUUUGUAUUAGCUUCUGUUUUUCCACAAUGACAAAAACUAACCAUUCCUCCUGAAUAAAGAAUGUCUUUUUGAAAAACAAUUCAGCUGCAAAUAAAGCAUUGAACGCCUUUUUGGUAUUAAAAACAUACGUUCACCUGAUAUAGUUUCUACAUUUUGGCAAAUCACUCGCGAAUUUUACUGUUGUGCUCAACGAAGCAUUCAAAAGAAAGUAUUUAUAUUUAAAAAUGUGAUGAUGGGGGGGAAAAGUUAAAAUAACAUAUAUAAUUGCAUUAAACGUGUCACGUGAAAAACAAUGAUUUUUUAAAAUACAAAUUAAAGUGCAGAACACAACCCAAUACACUUUGUUAAAACCACUGCCAGUGUUUGGUACUUACUACAUCUGCUCAUUUUAUUAUUUGUAGUAGAGUUUCAACUUAAUUGGCUGCAUUGGUCGAUGCAGUAAAGACCGGGCUUGUAUGUAAUUGCAGAUCUUUGUCAGCACUUUUAUAUACUCCAAUGUAUUUGCUGCAACGGCUCUUCUCGAAUAACACACAACAACAACAACGCAGCUACGUCGCCCUACUGCCAUUUCAGAGUGAAGAGAUUCAUAAACCCUCCCAACAACCAGCUCGGUGUAACAGUUACUCGUGGUACUGCCAAAAUUAAACAUAAAUCGCAAGUAAAUUGUUGAAAGUGACAUUUUUUUUGCUUCAUUUUUACAAAUUUGGAGCUUUUAUAUUGUUGGCGUUUUUGACCGAUGGCAUUGAGAGUGUGAAUGUUGUACAUAGUGUGUGGGCUUAGCGUGUACAUGCAGAUACAAGUGAUGCCUGUCAAUACAAGCUGGUGGGAAUCGUGUGGUUCACUAGCAGAAUAGCAAUUAGCAAACGCGGUGCUCUCUGCUUCCAGAUUUUCAAUUAAAGACACUUUUCUUUCAUGUCAACUGAGUGUUUUUGCUGUGUGUGUGUAGGAAGUGAUGGUGUAGUGGUUUGUUUUACAGACUGCACGAGUAAAUUGGUGACCUGA